AUGGCGUACAUUGACGUGACCAAUAAAAGAAUCUUUGAAUCGAUGAAUGGCUCCCGCUAUCAAAUUUCAGACAGGGUGAUUCCCCUAAUACAUGUAUGACGUAUUUUGUACGCAUAAAAAUACGGAAAUUACAUUACGCACAGCAGCAAGAAAAAUCGUAUCAAGCCGAAGCUAUAUUAAUUACGGUACUCUGAUCAAUAGUUCUUUCGGAAACUUGUUUGAAAGGACCUGGUGAUAUCAACAUUGCAUCGACUUCAUCAAAUUUGCAUCAGACACGUAGUGAAAAGAAAAAGUGUGCAUCAUGCCGAAGCGGCGGCAAGGACUGAUCCUUCAUGACACAAUCUCGGUGAAAACCCAAAGCGGUGACUGCAGCAUUCAGCUCUGUUUUGGGGACAUCACAAAACUCAAGCAAGAGGAUAAAGUGGAUGUCAUUUUUGUGUCUUCUUUUGGGAAUAACUAUGAUAAGAUGACAGGCACCGUUAUUGGUGCUUUGUAUGAAAACUUGGGCAUUGAUGUAAAGAAGCUAGCUGACAAUAAGGAAGAAGAUCUCAGAACUCUUUAUUCAUGCUGGUGGUCCAAACCACUACCUUCAAAGACACCCUACAACAGACUUCUUUGCUUUGAAAGCAGGAGACGUCGUGCAGGGCGCCCUCAAGAGUUAGUCGGCCAUGCCUUCCGAUGCCUGGUCCCUAUCCUAAAGAACAAAGAUGCAAGUGUCAUCACUCCCUUACUCAGCACUGGCAAUCAGGGCUAUGACCCGCGGGUGAUGUUGGAGGGGAUGAUCCAAGCAGCGAUCAGCUGGGUCAAGGCCGGUCUUCCCAUCAGGCUCCUCAAGAUCGUCGUCUACGCGACCAUCAAAGAUGACGGAGAGAUCAACUUCCUCCGAGGGGCGGAUCGCGACAUCCUGGACAAGUUUGAAGAGCUCAAGUCGAAAUAUGAGUCUGCUAAUCUUAUCCCACAGGAAGUGACCUUGGAGUACGAUGUCUACCUGUCCUUCAGUGACAAGGACCAGGAGAUUGCUGAUAAGAUCCAGGCCCAGCUCCUGGAGGAGAAACCAGACAUCCGUAUCUUCACCGCCAGACAGAAGGUAGAUACAGAGGUCUUCUGGCAGGAGCAGAUGUACGAGCGGGUCUCCAAGUCAGCCAGAGUCCUCACAGUCCUCAGCUCCAACUACCUGGCUUCGGAAUCCUGUUUGGAACAGUACAAUAUAGCCCUCUGUUGUAACAGACAGGCGCACCGCAAUCUUCUGGCGCCGUUUUUUGUGGAGACAGUGACCCUCCCGACUUACAUGGGUCUUGUGCAGUACGCAGACUGCAGGGAAAACAUGGACUCUAGCAUUGCUCAGGCAUGCAGACAAUUGGUCAAAUCACUCACGGCCACAGACAAAGUGGUCAAGGUUGCCUCUACGGAUCCCUACCACUACGAUGUCUUUGUGUCGUAUUGCCAUGCCGACACAGACCGGGCCACGCCCCUCGUCAACCGCUUGCAGAAGCUAAACCCUAAGCUUAAGAUAUUUUAUGACAUACAAGAGCUGAAGACUGGUCAUGAAUGGCAACGGACACUGUACCACUCUAUUGACGGGUCAUCCUGCAUGAUCGCUCUCAUUUCACCCAAGUAUCUCAAAUCAGCUGUGUGUAUGGAGGAGUAUAGUCUAGCCCAAGUCAAACAUCUCUCACAAGAUCCUCUUCACCUGAUACCCGUCUGUAUCUGCGACGGCAUCGAGGAGGACUUUGCUAAGAUAUCCCACAUCCCCAUGUUAGAUGCUCGCCCUGGUGCCUAUGACGACGCUGUCAACAGCAUCUGCUCUGCUGUGGUGUCCUGGCUCGAGACAAGCUCAUUCCUACACCUUGACACACUACUCAACAAGAAGCCAGACAAUCAAGUGAACGUCCCAGAAAUGAUGGAGAAACUGCGAGCAGCACGGUUCUGGGCAGAAUACAGGAAAACCAUAAUAUCCGUGAAGAUAUUCCCACCUACGUUGGAUAAGUUAGAAGAUGAUGAAGAUAGGACCACGGCCAAAGAAAAUUAUGAAGAUACAGAGGGAGGUAAAAAGAACAAGGAAGAUGAAAUGAAGGAAGUUACUUGUAGUGAAGGAGGUGUAGAGGGUGGAGAAGAAACAAGGAAUAUCUGCAAAGAUCUUCAGGGUCUUGAGGUGAAAGAUGGAGAGAAGGACACAGUGAAAGAUGAAGAAAAUGAAGCACUGCCUGAUGAACUGGAAAAGCCGUUGGUGAAUGUUGGUGUUGCUGAGAAAGCAGACACGGCCGUUGAAUCUGCAUUCACACACAGCGGUGCUGGAAGUGCAACAAAAUCAGAGAAGACUUCCAACAGUUCCAAGUCGGAAACUGUUGUCAUAAGCUACCACCAGACUGACAUCAAGUUCGUCCACUUCCUCAAGAAGCUCUUCAAGACGUAUGUCCCUAACCUUGUUCUCAAGUCUGAAUUUAAGACAGAGCAGAUGAGACUUGAUAGCCUUGAGGAAGCAGAUGCUAUCAUCGCUCUCCUGUCGCCGCAGUACAUCGAGUCACCUCAGCAUGUCGAGGAGUUCCACAUAGGUCUUUGGAGGCAGCGUGUGAGCCCUGAGGAAGCGCCUCUCCUUGUCCCUGUCCAGGUGGCCCUCCUGCCAAAGCGGCCCACCUACUUCCAGCUGGUGGGGUACCCAGUCAACACCUGGGACACCAUGUGGGCUGAUCUCUUGGGGAUUCAGGACAUCAGAUCACCUGAGGGAAUUGACAAAAUACGCAAUGAUAUUGGUAAAGACAACUUGCCAAAGGUGUCCCCAGAUGAGCUACACCCUCUGACUGAAGCUGCUCAGGUUGUCAUAUCCUCGAUCAAAUCAAGGAGGAAUAUCACCAUAGAAGAUCCACCUCGUGUUCGGCCAGCUCUUGUGAACACUGCCAAACUACAGAAUGAGCUUGCAACUCUCAAAGAAGAUUCUGAAUGCACAUCAACAUUAGAUCAGUAUCUGGUUUCUGUGCCAAUUUAUGACGGAGAGGCCUCACCCAGUAAGACCUGUACCAUCUUGUGAAGAAAGAAAAGUGAAAGGUCAGCGAUGGGUCACUCAUCGCACAGCAUUAGAACUUCAUAUCAUCGGGCACAGGAAAUGGCUGGCUUUUUAAUCAUGAAUCCAUUGUGAUAUUAAUCAAUAUUGUAAUUAUAGUUUGAAUUGUUUUGAUGAGAGAAACGAGUUGAUGGAGGUGGAGGAGGAGAAGGAGAAGAGGAAGAAGGUUUGGAAGACCACUUUCUCUUCCAAGACCACUUCAAGCUUUCCCAUUACACGUAAAACUGGUUUCAUCUAAACUGGUUUCCAUUAAGCUAGUGAAGAAAGUAGAUGAGGACCUGGUUAUACUAACUGUUGAGAAAAUGUGAUGUGUUGAUUCUUACUAUGCCACAGCUUUAAUACUUUGAUUGGUGCUCACUUGAUAUCAUAAAAAGUGACUGUGAACUCACCUUGCUUUGAUCAAAACAUGACUUCCAAUUUACAUGAAGUAUGCAUUUUCUUAAAUUGUAACAUGAUAUUAUAUAUUCAUAUGUUUAUCUGAUUGCAUAACUGUAUAAUUGAACAUUACUGAAAUAGAUUUGAUGACAUAUCUUUAUUAUGAUAAGCAUAAUUUUAUUGGUAUAUUAAUACUCAAAGUCAAAUACUAGUAUGUUGUAUACCUACAUGUAUAUGAGGAGCAAACUGUGGCCUUUUUAUAUGAAUAAUACUGAAGAAGAAAAGUACAUCUGUACUAUGCACAUUAUGAGCAAAAAUGAAUUUGGAUGCGUGUUUCAUAAAGGUGUUCAUAAGUUACAAGCGACUUUAUGAACAACAGGUGAUCCUUUCAAGUGUUAAUGAUAUAUACCAGGGCAGUGUUUCUGAAAGAGUUAUGUAUGACUUAGAGUCAUACUUUAAUUUCUAGUUGCGUGCUGUUCAGGUCAUCACUGCAUUGGUCAAAUCAUGGUAGUAGGGCGUGCGCUCCUGCGUAUUAAUCAAUAAAAUUGUGUGUUAUAUAUCAUGUGCGCAUCAGCACUAAGCAUGACUUUAAGUCACUUUGUGAAACACCCCCCCCCCCCCAGAUUUCCAUUUGCGCUGAUUUAGUUGCUGACAAUGGGUCGGUAGUCAUUCGUAAAGUUGCUCAUAUCUUAAGAACAGCUUUAUGAAACACCCACGUACUAGGUUAUUGUCAUAUAUUUACUGAGAGUAGAAGAGAGAUGAUGAUUUGAAAUGGGGAUUAAAAGGUAAGAGAGAGAGAGAGGGCAAGCAAGUUGUGUUUAGUGCAAGAUGAUGUUUUUGAAAAGAAUUCAGUGACCAAAUUUUACUAUCAUAGUUGUAAAAUCAGGAGUAGCAAUUUUGUUUCUUUGACCAAUUCUGCUAUUGGGAUCAAUUUUUUUGCAUGAAUAUUGAAUAUGUAACAGUAAUCAUGAACAUGUUGCUGUUUAUAAAUAGUUGUUCUCUAUUAUUUGUCUUGGUGCCAAGCUAACGUUGUUUACCUAAUACUAACAUAUUUUGUGUAAAUAUUUUGAGAACUUUUAUUUGAGAAGAAUUGUAUUUUUAGAAAUUUUAAGAAGUUUCUUGAAAAAGUUGUACCAACUUUAUUCAUAAAUCCAUUGAUGUAAACUUGUAUUUGUCAUAAGAGUGGAUACCUUUCUCAUAUUAUAUUAAAAAAAACUAUGAUUAUACCAGUUAAUCACAAUGUUUUAUUUUUAGUGUGUCGGGUUUAGGUUACAUUGUUGAUAAAUGUAUGUAUUUGUUUCUAUUAGUUGUUGGUAUUUAGUGCAAUAACAGAAAUUUCCUUUUUUAUAUAUUUAAAUCAUAUUUUUAUUGUUAGUUAAUAUCACAAAAGUGCAUGUCACAAUUUCACUUCAUUACUAGGUAAUAUGAAUGCUCAUGCCCUAAAACAAUUAUGAUGUAGAGGAUUAUGACAUAAAAUUCUGCUUUUCAAGGUAAAUUUUGCAAUUCUACAUGAAUAUUAUCUGUAUAUUUUUAUAUACAUGCCCACACAUAUAUACCUAAUGGGCUGGAAAUUUCAGGAUGCAAUAUUUGUCUCCAUCAGUCUGAUACCCACUCAUGUGAAAUGCAAGCUCAAAAUGCGCAUUUACAGAAGACUCUAAACAUUAUUGAGAAAGGGUGAUAAAAAUUGAAAAAUAAACAGAAUUUCAAAUUUUUCACAAAGAAGUCUGAAAUAAAAAAUUAAGGGAUGGGGAAAUUCGUAAAUAGAUGUCAUUAUUAUAACAGGAAAGAAAGAUGAAAAGAUCUGGGGCCCGUUGCAGAAAGAGUUGCGAUCAAUCGCAACUCUAAAAAUCAUGCGCAACUUGAUUUUCAACCAAUCAACAGCGCGCAUUUGGGACUUGCGAUUGAUUUUUUGACUUGCGUUUAAACGCAACUCUUUCUGCAACGGACCCCUGGGCCAAUAACAUAAAGCUUAGCAAUCAGCGUGCAACAUUUUUUUAAUGAUUGAUUGCAA